GAUCAAAUUACUAGAAUAUACGAAGCAAACAAUACAACACUUCUAUCAUUUAACGUGAAAUAAAAAUUCCUUAAUUUAAGUCACUUGUGACACAGUUCUCAAUUGCUAUUAUUUGUUUACAAAAUAGAACAAAAUAAAAUUUUCUUCGAGAGUAAGUAAAACCCAGUCUACUCUUCAAACUCGUAGGCACUAAAACGGUUAAUGGAGGAUCAAAAACAAUCGAUCAAUUUCGCAACUUUCGAUUCGUUUCACUCACAGGCGAUGUCAAGGGAAUCGUAAAUAUUUAAAACGCGGUAUUAAACGGAGAGUGCAUUGAACGAUAACUGAGAUAUUUAACUAAGAAAUUACGUAUCUUGUCCAGGCUGGAUAAUUAUACGAGUUCUUUUUAAUCGUGUUCAAUCGACUUUGAAAACUUGCCACGACCAAAUUAACGCCUAAUGAAUAAAGUUCUCAUUGAUAUAUAAUUCCCUCGCGAAAAUUACUCCAAAAGAAUAAAAAAACAAAAAGAAAUCCAAACUCAGCUGAAAUUUACGGCUGCCGUCGCUCUUGGAUAAGAUAAACGAUGUUUAUCGAACUAUACAAAUUAUUCUCUAUCCAUAAUAUCUGUGAUCGUAGAUCGUCGAACAAUGUUUUCUACACGCGAUUCCGUUUGGAAAAAUCUGCAUAUUUGGAUUAGUGCCACUAUAAAAAAAAUGAACAAAAUAUAAAAAUUAAAUGACACGUAGUCAAAAUCUAACAAUCGACAAAUAUGACGCUUUGAAAUUCGAUGCAAAAUUAGUUUCUUUCGAAUAAUGUCUAUAUUCCUUCAGAAUCCAAAUUAGGUUUUUGGAGCAAAAUCAUACCACGAGUCUACUAUUAGCGCUUAACUAAAUGUUUUAUACGGGUGGAAAGUGGAUUUAUAUAACAACCACUGUCAAAUGGGUUUUUUUUAGAGAGAUGAAUUAUUUAAAAAAAUAAAUACCAUGUGUUACGCGAUGUAUUCAUUUUGAAAACUUACAAAACAUACAAAACAAUUUCGUGUUUCAGAAAUUAUCCGAUCCUUUUGUAACUUAUUAUGUAAUUUGCUUCUUUCUACAUAUAGUUAAUUUUUUGUCUACAAAUUAAUUUCUUCCCUUCCCACUUUUUCUUGUGUUACUACGUUCACACAAUUGUGCUUCUGUUUUAAAAUUUAAGGUUUAUAUUUGUACACAUAUAAGUAAAGAGUGUUAUGUAGUCUGAUCGAAACAUGUUAAUAAAGACGACAAAAGUAUUCUAGCUUAAUUUAUCAAAAAAAGAGGAAACCACACGUAUCACAUAUCAAACGAAAUUCUAAGAGCAAACAUAUUAAUUACAAUGCAUUAACAAUUCCCGACAAACAGAAGUUUUAGUUUAGACAGAAGCGAAUGAAGUUGAUUUAAAAAUGUCUUAAGUUUCAAUUGGCACCAUUUACAAUUUGGAUCAAGGAAAAUCGUAACAUUUCACGUAAAUAUAACUCCCAAUUCGUAUCCAAAUACGUGAAAUAAUACACUUUUUCACAAAUAUUAUAUAUUCGACAGCACUUGUAUUCGCAGACAAGAUUUCUCGAUAACGAAGUUGAAGAACCAUCAAAAUCUCGAUAAAGUUAUGUAACUUGUAAAACUUCAUCGAAGCUAAAGAACUUUUCUUCAAGAUCAAACGUCGGCAUUGCCAUUGCAAUCUCACACAGUCGAUAGAAGACAUAAUACCGAAUGCACUUUUGUAAUUUUGAUAAAGUACCGUAAAUAUAUAUUUUCUACUUGCGUUCUGAAUCGAAAAAUAUAAAGUUAGUUUCGCUAAUGAAAAAGCUCGCGUACCACUGAUUUAUACAAUCUUCGACUCUGCCACUAGAUUCGAGAAUCCUAAAAUAUUCACUAUCCAAAACUUAAAGAAAAAUGUACCGUCCCCUGUUCUACGUCGCACACCCGAUGAUUCCCCGCGAACUAAACUCGUCGAAUCACUGGUAGAAAAAUUUCCUAUUCUCCGUUGACUCAGAAAUAAAACUCUCAACGUAACGAAAACUGCACGUUCCAGCGACUGGGAAAAGGGACGUCGGAGGUAUAUUCGCGGCGCGACAAUUCCACGGGGAAAAGACACGAUCUCGGUGGUGGCACUUGUCUCGUAUCGGCACACUCUCAAGCAGGCCUCGAUCCUCCGACGGGAGAGAACACGAGCUAAGGGAGAUCCACUCGGAAACUCGCGUCUCGCGAGCAGGCGGCGUAAUACCGCGUAGUCGGCGAGCGCACCGAGACACGUCGGCCAGCGCCGCGGAGGGAACGAGGGUCCUCGUAGUUCGUGAGUUCCCGGCACCGCUCGGCAUUCCCCGCCACCCCCGUUCGACGCUCGAGACUGCCGACGCGAGACGAACAGCCGCGACAGCGCGCUCGGCCGACAGACGCGUCCGCGACACCGACUGGAAAGGAGGUUCUGUUCAUUCUGCGUUCAUGGGACUCGUCUCGACGUAGCUCCCGCACGAUCUAUCCGCUUACGCUCGUCUACGGAACAACGCGCGCCGACACGCUCCGUCGGGACGGGUGCAACGAGCGUUUUUCUGAUCAUUUUCAGAUCAUUCUAAAACAUCCACCGAUUAAUUCCGUGCUCCGUUUUCACGCGAAGAGCGUCGCUCCGGUUGGCUACGCGACCCGUGCGAAUCGCAAGUGCGUGAGAAAGUAAUACCGGGGGUGUGCUUCAGGCGAGAAGGAUACGUGCUACGUUUCUUGUGCUCUACGUGGGAUCCCUGUGCGAAGGAUUUUUUCCUCCUGGAUUUUUCAUGUUCUUCGUGCUCUCGGGUGUUCACCUGGAUACCUGAUCUGGUGCGCACACACGACGUGCUUUUUUUUUGUUUAAAUAUUUUUUGAAGAUCGUUAGUGAAAAACGUUGGAGUGAGUUUAUCGUUUCUGGGUUUCGCGUCGAUCCGCCGUGACGAUCUUUCGUGAGAUGAUCGGCGAGUUUACGGUCGGUUGGUGGUUCGCGUGAUACCGUCGGAUAACUUUCUUGACCCUGAAUCGGAGUGCCGGAGCGUCGAUCACGGAACCUACGGAGCAUCAUAUCUUCGAUGCGUCGCGAGUCUACCGGACCGUCUAGGAAGCUUCUUUCGUCGACGGCUCGUCGUUUGGAUUGGAUUACGGCAACUUUGGACCAAUGAGAGGGCUGACAAGGCUCGCUCCAGGUGAGAGAAACACGGGGUGGACCCAUGGAACGCGUACCUCGCUGGACACCGUUGCAACCAGCCGAACACCGGAACGACUCGAUUGGUUCUAAUCGCGCGCCGAUCGCGAGAAAUUCCAUCAGUGAAUUCCGCGAUUCGUGAACACACUGUGCACGACCCUUCGCUCGAAGACUCGGCCAGUUUGGAUAUAACGCUCGGCGUUCCUGGAAAUGCUUCGAGGAUAAACACCCUUUGGCGAGGAAGGAAAGGAUACAACACGGUGCUCGACUCGCGAGAAAUAGAAAAUCAACGCGAGUAGGAGAACCGUUAUAAUCGAGGAAAGUGAAGUGUGGAUGUGGUGUCCGUGCAACCGUGGUGGAACGUGGUUGUGGACGACGACAACAAAAGUGCGAUUGUUGUUGUUCUUUUUGUUAUUGUUGUCGUCGUUGUUGUUUGUUAUUGAGUCUCGGUGAGCGUGGUGACGGUGGUUUUGGUCCGUUGUCCACGUUAUUACGAUGGUUUCCUCGUCCUUUGUGACUUUGGUGUUCCUCGUCUGCCUGCAAACGGUUCUACUCUCCACUGUGAGCAACUGCGCGAAGACGAUCAGCAUGUACUGGAACACCACCAACUCCAUAUUUCGAAUAGACAACACAGACCACAUAAUAGACGUGAAUAAGAAUAACGCGCAGUUCGAGUACGAUCAAGUGAAUAUAAUAUGUCCCGUGUACCAAGUGGGGACGCCGGACAACAAGACGGAGAAGUAUAUUAUUUACAAUGUGUCCAAGGAAGAGUACGAGACAUGUCGGAUAACGAAUCCGAAUCCGCGGUUUAUAGCGAUCUGCAACAACCCCAACAAAACAAUGUACUUCACGAUCACCUUCAGGCCGUUUACACCGCAACCCGGAGGUUUAGAAUUCCUGCCAGGACACGAUUACUACUUCAUCAGCACCUCGUCCAAGGACGACCUCUACAAGCGCAUCGGUGGAAGGUGCACCAGCAACAACAUGAAGGUCGUUUUUAAAGUCUGCUGCGGCAACGACACUGACACCUCCUCGUCCUCUGCGACAUCGCGCAACAACUCUGUAGCAGUGACCAGCAGCACCGUGCCUAGCAGCAGCUCGACCAGCACCGCAGUUUUGGGUGGAGGAGUGCCACCCCCGCCACCACCAAGCGUCCUCAAGGGGGGAGAUCGAUUCUACCCAGGGGGCAGCAUUCAUCAUCAUCACGAUCAUCAUCAACCGGCCACGGCGGCGCCGACCCUGCCCCACGUGCCCCCUCCGGCUAUCUACCCCGUGCAUCCGCAUCAGCCUCCGAUUCACAAUGGACCGCCGUCUUCCUCGCCGCCCAAGACCUCGAUCGGCCAGAAGAAGAAGAACAAGGAAUAUUCGGACCAUCCGAACGAAGUAGUGAAGAACGAAGAAUUGACCUACAACGGGGCGAGUUCCAGCCGGGUUGAGAAUUGGUACAGCCAGCUGGCGAUGAUGCUGACUGGAAGCCUGCUGAUCAGCGCAAUCCUGCCGCAGUUAUUGCGGUGAAGCGACGGCACCACCGACGAGAACGUAUACCCCAAUACGUCGAAACCCCUUUUUCUGUGAUUAUCCUACGUUUAAUUAAUUUCUUGAGGCAGCGCGUGUAAACCCCGCGCACUGCCGUCCCUCGAUCGUGAAAAUAAAACGCGCACCACUUACGGUCGGACUGCCUCGAGAGAGAGAGAACGAGAAAGCUUAAUCGGAAGGAAAAGAAACGGAAGGUAACGGUAAAGCAAAAAUGAAUAAAAUAAAACGAGGUGGUUAGGGAAAGAGUAAACAAAAGAAUAAGGAAGAUCGACGUAAAAACCAACGUCGAGAGAAGAGAGAUACGCACGGCACACGAGCAGCAACGCCAUAUUAACUAUUCAAUCGAAGAAAGAAGACGAAGACGUUAGAUAGUAAGAUUUACAAAGACGAAGAACGACGAAACAGAGGAGAAAAAACGCUACUACUAGACACUAUUAUAGUAUGCCCACUAUUAUCACUACUAUAAAUGGUAGUCGUAUUGGUUGUCCUUCUUAUCAUUACGCUAAUUCUAGAUAUUUAUUCGAAAUACGAGAAAAAUGAACGAAGUCGUGGACAGUGUGCUAACUAUCCUCCCGGCGAGAAAACGCGGCGAUGAACGUUCGUCGGAGAAAUAUGAAAGUUCUUCUGGAUGUCUCGUUCGCGCAAGAAAUUCGAUAUUGUCGUACGACUGACUGCUAGACGUUGAUAAACGGGCGGUCCUUAAUCAUGAUCACCGAUCGUUCAUCCAAAUAUUGCAAAUGGCAAUUAAGAUGGCGAUAAAAGCAGCCAUUCGAGAUCGGUCUCGCCAUGAUGUUUUGUUUCGAAAUGCUCUCGAUAUCAUGCCCAUCCAGAUCUUUUGCAAUUUACCGAGCAUUAAAUUGAACGCAAAUUGCGACUAGUUAUGGGAAUAGAUUAGAACGACUAAUUGGGACCACACACGUUUACGAUUUAUCGUAUAACGAGUCGUACGACCAGUUCCAACGAGGCGCGACGGUAUCAACUCAGACUUACACAUAUAAUAACCUGUUCUACGACAAAUCUUGCCAAAAGUAGAAUGGCUGAUCUUCGCAAAGAGUAGUAAUUCCUUGAUUUUAACAUUCUCUUGUUACUAAACAACUUUUGUAAUGAAAAUAAUGGAGAAAAUGGUGCAAAAAUUAAAAUUUAAACAGAAAUAGUUCUAAUUCUAAUAUGAAUAAUCCUAAUAUGAAUUGCCAAUGGCCAAUUGGAUUAUAAUAUUUAUUUAAAAAUAUUGAGAUUAAUGGGCAAAUACUGAGUUGUUUUGACCAAUAGGAAACAUUUUUACAGAUUUAAUAUUAUUUAUUUCUCUUGACUUGAUUUCCCGUUAGAAAACUUCAAUCUCGUUUGCAACGUGUUUCUGGAGCAGUAUAUCGUAAAGUCAGAUUACAUGAAUAUGUAUUUCAACGAUGUCUGAAAAUAAUUGUUUACCAUAUUCUCGAAGAAAUAUUUUCAUUUCAUAUUUCGAAGAAUUUUGUGAUCUUUGUCAAAGAUCCUUUCUAAACUAUGCAACUAGUGCAUCAUGCAUAGACAAUAUCGAACUAGCGACAUCGUAGGAUUAUAUUUUUCAGUCAAAAUUGUACAAUCUAAGAUGACUCUCUUUGCUGAAUGUUUAAAAUAUGGAAAGAAGAUUGAUACGUCGUUAUCCGAUGUUCUUACAGUACGGCAGAUUUUGUGGUAGCGGUGGACAACAAAAAUCAUACGAUAAAUCGUUGAGUCGAAGUC